AUGUCUCCUUCCAAAACUUGUAAAAUGGAGCCUUGGAAGCUCACAGCAUUUGAAGCUUUUGCUCAGAUCCAAGCCGACAAGCUCUCAGUCCAAGAGUAUGCGAAAUCACUUCUUGAGAGAAUCGACGAACGAGAUAAAGAUGUCCAAGCGUGGGCGUAUCUAAACGAAGAGAUCAUAAUGAAGCAAGCCAAGAGCCUAGACGAGGUCCCCAAGAAGAAUAGAGGGCCUCUUCACGGUAUUCCAAUCGCUGUAAAGGAUGUCAUCUACACCAAGGACAUGCCAACUCAGUUCAACUCGCCGUUAUACGAUGGGCACUUCCCCGAAACAGACGCUGCUUCUGUUCGAAUCCUUCGUCAUGCUGGUGCCCUCAUCUUCGGUAUUGACUCUUUCGUCAUUUUCGCUGCUAUUCACAUUGGCCCCAAGACUCACAACCCUCAUGAUCUUAUUCGAACUCCUGGAGGUUCCUCCAGUGGCUCUGGGGCAGCCGUGGCUGACUUUCAAGUCCCUAUAGCACUUGGAACACAAACAGGUGGCUCUUUGAUACGCCCAGCGUCCUUCAAUGGUAUCUAUGGGUUCAAGCCAACGUGGAACGCCGUCUCUCGUGAGGGUCAGAAGAUCUAUGCCCUGAUGUACGACACUCUUGGGUGGUAUGGGCGCUGUAUCGAGGACAUCAUACUUCUAGCCGAUGUCUUUGCUCUCGAAGAUGACGAAGAUGAAGAGCCCAGCUUCCAGGGAAUCGAAGGCGCACGCUUCGCUAUUUGCAAAACCAUUGUCUGGCCGAUGGCUGGGCCUGGUACGCAAGAAGCAAUUUCGCGAGCUGCAGAUUUACUGAGAUCCCACGGUGCCAUCGUAGAAGAGCUUGAUCUCCCCUCUGACUUCAAUAAUCUACCAGAAUGGUAUCGAAUUGGUCUUCACACCGAAGGCCGGGCCACGUUCCUACCCGAGUACCGCGUUGGAAAGAACCAUAUGGGCCAAGUGUUGAUUGAGCACGUUGAAAACGCCGAUAACUUCAGUCGCAAGACGCAGCUGAAGGCUCUCGACAACAUGGCUCGUUUAAGGCCAGUCUUUGAUGAGAUCGCUUCACAGUAUGCGGCUAUUAUCACCCCGAGUGUUCCUGAUGAGGCCCCCGUUGGCAUCGAGAGCACAGGAAGUCACAUCUUUUGCUCUAUGUGGAGUGGUCUGCAUACCCCUGUACUCAACGUUCCGGGCUUCAAGGGAGAACACGACAUGCCGGUUGGCUUGUCCCUGGUAGCACCUCGAUACCGCGACCGCCAUCUCCUCGAGGUCGGCAAAGUCGUCGGUGAGAUAUUCGAGGCUGAAGGAGGUUGGGAGACGAAACUACCGUAA